AUGGCCGAUCUGAGCGAAAAGGCGCCGGGGCCUGCACCGGGGGCGGGAGCAUCCGCUCCCGGGUCAAGCCAUGACACGGACGUCUCGGCGGCACCCACACCCAACAACAACGAGAAGUCGCCAGGAGGAGGAGGGAGUGCGCUAGACCUCAGCAAAAUCGACAGCAAGGUUGUGGUGGCCAAGAAUGAGACCGACAAUGAUCCCUACGCCCACCUCCCCGAGCGCGAGGCCAAGAUCCUCAAGGACCAGGUCUACACGCCCGACGUCAAGGUUGGAAUUGCGACGCUGUACCGCUACUCGUCGCGCAAUGACAUCCUCAUCAUGGUCGUGUCUGCCAUCUGCGCCAUCGCCUCGGGCGCCGCCCUGCCCCUGAUGACGGUCGUCUUUGGCAACCUCCAGGGCACCUUUCAGAGCUACUUCACGCCCAACAGCUCCAUGAGCUACGACGACUUUGUCGGCGAGCUGAGCCGCCUGGUCCUCUACUUUGUCUACCUUGGCAUUGCCGAGUUCGUCACCACCUAUGUUGCCACGGUCGGUUUUAUCUACACGGGCGAGCACAUCAGCGCCAAGAUCCGCGAGCACUAUCUCGAGAGCUGCAUGAAGCAGAACAUCGGCUUCUUCGAUAAGCUCGGCGCCGGCGAGGUCACGACGCGCAUCACGGCCGACACCAAUCUCAUCCAGGAGGGCAUUUCUGAAAAGGUCAGCCUGACGCUUGCUGCCGUCGCUACCUUCGUUGCCGCCUUCGUCAUCGGCUUCGUCACCUUCUGGAAGUUGACCCUCAUCCUGAUCAGCACCGUUGUUGCCUUGCUUCUCUGCAUGGGCACGGGCUCAACGUUCAUCGUCAAAUUCUCGAGGCAGAACAUCAGCGCAUACGCCGAGGGUGGCUCAGUUGCCGAGGAGGUCAUCAGCAGCAUCCGCAAUGCCGUCGCCUUUGGCACCCAAGACCGGCUGGCCAAGCAGUACGACACUCACCUCACCCGCGCCGAAUUCUUUGGCUUCCGACUCAAGGGCACCCUCGGUAUCAUGGUUGCUGGUAUGAUGUGCAUCCUCUACCUCAACUACGGCCUUGCCUUCUGGUCGGGAUCUCGCUUCCUCGUCGACCGUGACGUUUCUCUGAGCAACCUGCUAAUCGUCAUGAUGAGCGUUAUGAUCGGUGCCUUCAACUUGGGAAAUGUUGCGCCGAACCUGCAGGCCUUCACGACAGCGCUAGGGGCGGCAGCCAAGAUCUACAGCACCAUUGACCGCUUAUCCCCCAUCGACCCCUCCAGCCAGGAGGGCACCAAGCUCGAAAAGGUGGUUGGCACUAUCCGCCUGGAACGCAUCAAGCACAUCUACCCGUCCCGGCCUGAGGUUGUAGUUAUGGACGAUGUUUCGCUCACCAUUCCCGCGGGAAAGACGACUGCCCUCGUCGGUGCGUCGGGAAGCGGCAAAUCGACCAUUAUCGGCUUAGUGGAACGAUUCUAUACGCCCAUAGAGGGAGCCGUGUACCUGGACGGCGUCGACAUUUCUACCCUCAACCUCCGCUGGCUUCGUCAGCAAAUUGCACUUGUGUCCCAAGAGCCAACCCUCUUCAGCACGACAAUAUACGACAACAUUCGCCACGGCCUGAUUGGGACGAAAUGGGAGAAUGAGAGCCCCGAGAAGCAGGAGGAACUCAUCCACGAAGCUGCCAAAAAGGCCAACGCCCACGACUUUAUCACCUCCCUCCCGGAAGGGUACCAGACAAACGUGGGCGAACGCGGGUUUUUGCUCAGCGGAGGCCAGAAGCAGCGCAUUGCCAUUGCCCGAGCCAUUGUUUCGGACCCCAAGAUCCUUCUCCUGGAUGAGGCCACCAGCGCGCUGGAUACCAAGUCGGAAGGCGUGGUGCAGGCCGCGUUGGAGGUUGCUUCCGAAGGCCGAACCACCAUCGUCAUCGCCCAUCGGCUGUCGACCAUCAGGGACGCUCACAACAUUGUCGUCAUGUCUCAGGGUCGCAUUGUCGAGCAGGGCACCCACGACGAGCUUCUUGAGAGACGCGGCGCGUACUACAACCUUGUUACAGCACAGGCCAUCGCAAAAAUCAACGAGGCCACGGCCGAGGAGCAAGAAGCCAUUGACGCAGAGGAUGAGGCGGCCCUCAUUCGCAAGGCUUCCUCGCUCAACAACAAGGAGGCGGCCGCUGGUGUGCCCGGGGACCCGGAUGAUGACAUACGUGCCAAACUUCAACGCAGUCAGUCGCAAGCAAGCGCAAGCUCAAUGGCUUUGGCUGGGCGGAAGACGGCGCCUGAGACCAAGUACAGCCUCUGGACCCUGAUCAAGCUGAUUGCUAGCUUUAACAAGGAAGAGUGGCACCUCAUGCUGGUCGGCCUCUUCUUUUCCGCCAUUUGCGGCGGCGGAAACCCAGCCCAAGCCGUGUUCUUUGCCAAGCUCAUUAGUGCUCUUUCGGUACCCGUCACGCCCGAGACGAUACCUCACAUCCAGUCCGAAGCUUCUUUUUGGUCCCUCAUGUACUUGAUGACGGCUCUUGUCAUGUUUAUCUCGUUCAGCGUCCAAGGUGUCAUCUUUGCCAAGUGCAGUGAGCGUCUUAUCCACCGGGUCCGCGAUAAGGCCUUCCGGACCAUGCUCCGUCAGGACGUUGAAUACUUUGACCGUGACGAAAACUCAGCGGGCGCACUUACGUCCUUCUUGAGCACCGAGACGACGCACGUCGCCGGCCUCAGCGGGUCCACGCUGGGAACCCUGAUCAUGGUCCUCACAACCUUGAUCGCCGCAUGCGUCCUCGCCCUCGCCAUGGGCUGGAAAUUGGCACUUGUGUGCAUCGCCACGAUGCCUAUCCUUAUCGGGUGUGGUUUCUUCCGCUUCUGGAUGCUGGCUCACUUCCAGCGGCGGUCCAAGAAGGCCUAUGCCAGCUCUGCCAGCUACGCCUCGGAGGCCAUUACGGCGAUGCGAACCGUGGCGGCACUGACGCGUGAAGACGACGUGCUCCGGCAAUACAGGGAAUCUCUGGCCGCCCAGCAGCGGGCCAGUCUCAUCUCGGUGCUCAAGUCUAGCUCUCUGUACGCGGCCUCUCAGUCUCUGGUGUUCCUCUGCUUCGCUCUGGGCUUCUGGUAUGGCGGUACCUUGAUCGGCCACUACGAGUACACCAUGUUCCAGUUCUUUGUCGUCUUUACUGCUGUCAUCUUUGGCGCCCAGUCUGCCGGGACAGUCUUCAGCUUUGCUCCGGACAUGGGCAAGGCCGCCGAGGCGUCGCGCGAUCUCAAGACGCUCUUCGACCGCAAGCCAGCAAUCGACACUUGGUCCUCAGAGGGUGACAAGCUCGAGUCGGUCGAGGGGACCAUCGAGUUCCGUGACGUCCACUUCCGCUACCCGACACGCCCGGAACAGCCCGUCCUCCGCGGCCUGAACCUGACCAUUUCCCCGGGCCAGUACGUUGCGCUUGUAGGCGCAUCCGGGUGCGGGAAAUCCACCACGAUCGCGCUCCUGGAGCGCUUUUAUGAGCCCCUAGCCGGCGGGAUUUUUGUCGACGGCAAGGACAUCAGCAGCCUGAACGUCAACGACUAUCGCAGCUUCAUCGCCCUUGUGUCGCAGGAGCCCACGCUGUACCAGGGCACCAUCCGGGAGAACAUCACCCUCGGCUCGUCGCACGAUGUCUCGGACGAGCAGAUCAAGUUUGCCUGCCAGGAGGCCAACAUUUACGACUUUAUCCUGUCCCUGCCCGACGGCUUCAACACGGUCGUCGGGUCCAAGGGCGCGCUGCUCAGCGGCGGGCAAAAGCAGCGUAUCGCGAUCGCGCGGGCGCUGGUGCGCGACCCCAAAAUCCUGCUCCUCGACGAGGCCACGAGCGCGCUCGACUCGGAGAGUGAACACGUCGUGCAGGCCGCGCUGGAUAAGGCGGCCAAGGGCCGGACAACAAUUGCCGUCGCCCACCGUCUCAGCACGAUCCAAAAGGCCGACAUCAUCUACGUGUUUGACCAAGGGCGUGUGGUGGAGCGCGGCACGCACAGCGAGCUCAUGAAGAGGAACGGGCGGUAUGCCGAGCUGGUCAAUCUGCAAAGUCUGGAAAAGCACGGUUGA